AUGGAAGGAUUGCCUUCUGGUGAUAUCCAGGCUAAAUAUCAAAAAUUAGCUGCAGAAUAUUCAAAGUUGCGAGUUCAUGUUAAGGUGUUGAAAAAAGGUGUAUUAGAUGAACAGGCUAAGACAAAUGAAUUGCGAGAAGUAUUAAAAGAGAAGGAGAAAUCGUUGCGCAAAGGGGCAUUGGAGAUAGAUUCACUUUCUUUUAGGAAUCAACAACUAACACGACGAGUAUCCGUUCUACAAGAUGAAAUUGAACAAAAGCCGAGUAAAACAACAAAAAAAACGAAAAGCAAAGAUGAUAAAGUAGUAAAUAAUAGCAGUCCUGCACAUUUAGAUGCAGGUUUAUUCCAGGAAGAGCUCCAAAAGAAAAUUAUUGAAAAUGCUCAGUAUGCAUCACAGCUAUCUGAUAAAACAUUUGAAAUAUCUCAAUUGAAGGCAUCAAUAGAAGAUUGCAAUCGUCACAUGAGUGAAUGUGAGAGUAGGUAUAAGUGUGAAAUAGCUAAGUUAAAGAACAAGAAUCAAGAUCUACAAUUUGCUUUGGAGGAAGCCCGUAAGGAGAAGCUUGAAGGGACAGCCAAAGUUCAAGCUGGAAGUUUGGCCAGCUGCAAUGGUGACUUUUUAUCUGAAGGUGGCAGUUUGAUUGGUAGUGAGGAUGCUCUUAGUUCUGUGGAUGACUUGAAUAUUACUGAGCAACUUGGCAACAAGUUACAUAAUUUGGAACUGGAAACCCAAAAGCUUCGUAUGGAGUAUGGCCUACUGGAGAUGGAGAAUGACAGUUUGAAGCUGGAAGUCAGUAAGCACGUAUCGGCCGCUCAGAGACGACGCGCUGACGCACACGACUCUGGAGAUUUUAAUGCCUUCAACCAGACUUCUGUUGACGGUGAGGGGCGUGUCACGGGUUUGCUUGGAAGUCUUCACGUUCCAUUUUUGAUUAACGAGGAAAUUGAGCAGCGUGAGGAGAGAUUGACGGCCUACUUCCGCAAAAAGAUCACAGCGCUUAAUUCUGAGAGAGAUGAAUUGCUGAGCAAUAUUGAGUUUUAUGCUAAAGAAUGUGAAAUUUUGCGACAUCGUUUCGAAGAGUUGGAGCGCGAAAAGGAAGCCGAUAAUAACACGAUACAGGACAAACACAAUACUAUUAGUCGACUGGAAGAAGAGCUCCAGUCUACGUCUCACAAUUACGAGCAACAGAUGUCGCUGUUGACGGAGCACUUGGCAGCCCUGAAUGACCAGCUCGCCGCUCAACACGACUCCAUAGAGCAUCUUAAGCAUCAACUGGCUACCAGGAAGAAAUAA